GGACGAGCUUCGGUGGAUCUGCCCUGAAAGACACCCUUCCCUUUCAAACUAUCAUUCGGCGCAUAUUGGAUGCGGCGUGGUCUUGAAUAGCUCUCUUCUCCGAAUUCUGGAGCCUUGCUUGCUUCUUUAUUACGGUCGCGAUGAAGGGCUGGCUCCGGACACUCGGCCUUACGGCCCUACUUGCAGGCUCCGUCCUUGCUAAUGAUGUGGAAAUUAAAUCCGACGAGGCGCACCGACAACGAUGCUCAGGGAUGUAUAGUCGGAAGGCAUGGGGCGGAAGUGUCGACCCCUUUAUCUUGGUCAAAUUCUCCAAAGCCGAGAACCAGGAGGGAGAUCCUCUCGCGAGUUUGGUGAUCUUUGAAUGGAAUGACGAAGAAUUGAUUGGCCAGUACCGAUCUGAUGAUGCUGAAAUGAAGGAUACCAUUUGCGACGAGGCGGCCGUGGACGCGAAGCUUUGCGCACAAGAAGAUGUGGGCUCUUUCAUUCUUACCAAAAACGCUACCGAUGCCUCUCAAAGCCCGAUUAUCUCCAAAGCCAUCCACCUGGACAACCCGGAUGCCAUCAAGUACCCGGUGAAAAAGACUGGUUUCUACUGCGUCAGCACCUACGCAUACUCUGGGGAGGAUUAUAAUGCGGUGGUUACUUUCCGUAACUCGUACGGCGAGCUUCCCGCUGCACAAAUCGCUAAGCUACCAUUCUACGGGGCUCUGACGAUUGUGUAUGCUGUUGUUGGAAUGUUCUGGGCAUUCCUAUAUGUUCAAAACCGCCACGAUAUUCUGCCUGUUCAGAACUACAUUACUGCGAUCCUUGUGUUCUUGAUUGUUGAGCAGCUGAUGACCUGGGGCUUCUAUGAUUAUCAAAACCGACAUGGGUUGAACACCAUGGCUAAGGCAUUGAUGAUUAUUGUUGCCAUUCUCAAUGCUGGCCGUAAUGCCUUUUCCUUCUUCCUGCUUCUCAUUGUAUGCAUGGGAUACGGUGUGGUCAAGCCUUCUCUGGGUCGGACUAUGGUCUAUGUCCGUAUUCUGGCCAUUGCCCACUUCAUUUUUGCCAUGGUCUACUCGAUCGCUAGUUUGUCCAUCACCCCCGAAGGUGCCGGUCCGAUGGUUCUCCUGAUCGUUCUGCCUCUGGCUGGUACCUUGACGGCGUUCUAUGUUUGGACAUUGAACUCGCUCAACGCCACCAUGAAGGACCUCAUCGAUCGUAAGCAGAAGACCAAGGCGAUGAUGUACAAGAAGCUGUGGUGGUGUAUCCUCGGUAGCAUCAUUGUCAUCUUCGGCUUCUUCUUCAUCAACUCCUUUGCGUUCGCUGGCCGCAGUGAGGCCAGCUUUGUCCCGGAGCAUUGGAAGACGCGCUGGUUCGUGCUAGAUGGCUGGCUCAACCUCGUCUACCUUUUCGACAUCGCGUUUGUUGCUUACCUCUGGCGACCAACCGCGAACAACCGACGCUUCGCCAUGAGUGACGAGCUCGCGCAAGAUGACGACGGUUUCGAGAUUCGCUCUUUCGGCAGUGGUCUUGACGAGGAGGAUCCCUUGGAUGCUCCUCCCGAGUACCCUGGCAGCUCCGCUGCCAUGGGCCGUCGCGAUUUGUCGCCCGUGCCCCCCAAGCCAGUCUCGGCGUCAAACCGGCGCGCCUCCCUCGAUGAGGAGACAAUCUUCGCCGUUGGCGAGGAUGGAGACAAAUGGUCGGAUGCUGACGAAUCUCCUCGUAACUCUAGCGAAAGACAGAGACUAACCCAGUAGAAUGGAUCAUGACUCGGAUUGUCUUGGGCUAGCAACCUGUCUUCAUCGACUGGGGCCAAUCGAGCAUUUCCUGGGAAAAUUGUCACCUGCCCAGGGCCUAACUCGAGUUUCAUGCAUGUCACGGCGUUGGUUUCCCUUUCUUUUUUGUUUGUGUGAUGGGAAUUUGAUACACCUGGAUCGACCUGGCUUGGCUUGUAUGUUGACCCCUCGAAAUAUACUUGGAAUAGCUUGUUGCAGUGAGAUGAUUCGCCUAGCUGCUGAAAUCAAAUAGUCCUUGACAGCCUGUACAAAUAUCAAUGUUUGGAAAUUUAGAUGCACACAAGA